GAUGAUGUUUGUUUAGUUUUUUAAUUCCUGUGUUGCGAGUGUAAGAAUAAUCAAUAUGAGGAUAUUCAUGGCAUGCAUUGUGCCGAUUCUCGUUUUAACGAAGAGCAUUUCGUGCGAAGGCGAUUUGCAACAACAAAACCAAAACGAUUACUUGAAUCCGCUCAACGAUUACGAACAGGAACAGCAAGCAAAAGAACAAGAUAAAAGAACAGUAUUUUCGAAUCAUCACGGGUGGGCCAAACAUGUAGGUGUUCAUCCGGCUGGAUUUAAAUAUGUUCUUGGUUAUGGACCAGUUGAGUUAAAAUAUGUACCAGUAGUAAAACCUAUCUCCAUCAAACCUCAUCUUCAUCAUCACCACCAUCACAGGAUAAAAUUGUUGCACGUAAAACACCCUCACUAUGUAAGACCACUUCUUCCAGUGCGCCCUGUUAUUCAUCACGAUGGUUGGCGACCGGUGGUACCUAUUGUUAAGCCAGUAGUGAAACCUGUUAUACCGGUCGCACAACCGGUGGUACCAGUCAAUGUACCAUUACCGCAAGUACCACACAAACCGUGGCAAAACGGCUGGAAUCCUAAACCUGUACAUGUCCAUCCUGCACCAGUGACAGUGAUUAAGCCUGUGCUUCCUGUGAAACCUAUAGUACCUGUGAAGCCAGUACAUACAAUAGUAGCAGUGAAACCUGUACAACCACUUGUUCCAAUUCAGCCGAUAGUACCAAUCAAACCGGUGCAUCACGUCCCAGUUCCGAUAAUUCCAUCAAAACCUUUUAUUCCUGUAGCUCAACCAGUAGCACCUCUGCUGCCAGUUGCACCAGUCGUGAAGCCUUUUCCCCCUCCUGUAAGUACCACCGUAUUCCAUCAAAUACCUGCCGCUCCAGGAGUAUUUUUCCAUAAUCCAGCACUGUUUCCACAUCAUCAUCAUCAUCAUCAUCAUCACGUCGUUCCUGUUAACCAAGUUCCAGUCGAUGCACCUCCUCCUGUAGUUGUCCCACAAACUCCGGCCCAGACAAUCGUUCCUGUUCACAUUCAUCCUCAUCAGACACCUCACAUUCACCCACAACUUCCGCAACCACCUCAUGAACAACAUGACGUUCAAACCCCAUUAAUCCCACAAGACCACUCCAUUUUCCAGCAACAAUUACCCGGUCACUUACAACACCUAUUCCAUCAACUUCCUCAACAUCCGCAUAUUUACGAACAACAACUACCCCAACCGCAGCAUCCUGAAAACUUCCAGCAUGUACCCCAGCCACAACAUCCAGAAAUUUUCCAGCAACAAUUACCCCAUGAGCAUGUUCCCGUUCAACAUCCCGAAGUCUUCCAUCAACAGUUACCCCAAGAUGCAAAUGUUGCUUUCCAUCAACAUCCCCAACAAGUUCCCGUGGAUCAACAAUUGCCUGAAAAUGCUCCAGUUCUCUUCCACCAACAAUUACCCGGGAAUGUCCAACACCAUUUCAACCAACAAAUACGACACGGAGAUGGCGCAAGUUCCAAUAUCUUGCUGCAAGGUUCGAUCCAGCCAGGACACACAGAUUUACAAAUACCUUACCAUUUGCCACAACAUCCUAAUUAUUUGCCAGAACAAGGACGACAGUUCCAGCCCGGAAAUUUUCAUGAUCCUUCUCAACAUCCAGAUGUUGUAAGGCCAUCAAUUUCGCUGGAACCUCCAUUCACUCACCAAAAAUAAAUAAUCGUUUGUAACUUUUACGUUUAUGGGCAUAUGCAUAUUUAUUUUUCGUAACAACUCUGCAAUAUUAACUUUAGAUCGUUUCUUAGCACCAGUUACAGAGCACAUGAACCUGUCGAAGAAAAGUACCUAUUUAUGAGAAACACACCGGAACUCCUUUUCUUGUAGCUAUUUAUUUUAGUUUUAACUAAUUUAAAACU